AUGUCAGAAUCAACAGUGCGCGCCUUGUGGAAAGGACGUCUGCCGCGAGAGCUACAGGCUAUCCUGGAGAUCGUCAAAGAUCAGCCACUCGAGAAAGCAGCGGAGAUAGCGGACGCCUCCAUCGUGCAUAUGCCGAUCCGCCCCAGCCUAGCGGAGGUAAACCGAACAGCGCCGAAGCAAGAGGACUCCUUGGUGGAAGAGAUGAGGAAGCUUAGUGCGGCAUUUCACCAGGAAGUCGCUACGAUGAAGAGGGAGAUGGCAGCAGUGAGAGCAGGACGCGAUCCGGUGCAGAACAAUUCUAGUUCCCAGAAGCACAAGCAACGACGCUCCAGAUCCCGCUCGCGUUCAAAUUCAAGAAGUCAACGUCCCGCGGACUUGUGCUGGUAUCACUGGAGAUUCGAUACCAAAGCCACUCGGUGUGCAACCCCUUGUGUUAAGUCCCCGGGAAACCAGCUGGGAGGUCGUUAA